AUGACUGUCUGGGCCGUUCAGAGAGUCAUUAGGUCUCCAACGCAAAUGAAGGGGGUUUGCGCAGAACAGAACAGUGACAAUUGCAGGACGACUCGGUCCUUUUGA